AUUCUGUCGUUGUAUGUAAUCUCAUCAAAAUGAACGGGCUACCUUUCUGGAGUCUGCUAAUUGUUUGUGGGAUUUUGUCCCAAGGAAUUGUGGUUUUAUCGGUUGAAAAUGUUGAGACAUCAUCGGAUCUUCUGAGUCGUCAAAAGCGAUCUACUCGACUGGCUCGUCCAGAAUUGAUCAGAUCGCAUCAACAGCAUCAAUCAUUUGGCCAACCAAUGAUCGCAACGCAUCAGCAGCAUCAAGCUUUUUCCCAACUGAUUAACAGAACACCUCUGCAACAAUUGGAGGCACCCUCUGCAGUGAGCAUCCGGAUACAUGGUGUCAGAGUGGGUCUCGGGAUUGUGAUUCAUUCUUAUAUCAUCGCAACGAAAGCCAGCUAUUUUCGGAAUACGAGUCUGGCACGUACAAGUGUUACAUUUUUUUCGCCAACUCGUCGAGAUUACGAGCGCCGUCGUAUAGUACACAUUGAAGAAUGUCGAGGUAUUCCAACUGAACCUCUUGCUCCACACAAUGUUGCCUUGGUUGUAGUUAAUGAAAGGAUUUUUGUGCACGAAGGUGCUGAUAUGAGACUUCGAGAUAAUUUCACCCCAAGUGAAAUUAGGUGGAUUCGUAGUAAGGUUUUAUCGAUGAUUCCACACCUUACAGAAUACAAUCUACAUUAAUUUGCAAUGCACACAUUGACGUGUAAAAAUUCGUAUGUAACAAGCUAUUACGUCAGAUAUCAGGAAAUAAAUCUUUAACAAAGUG